AUGGCGCGGCAUACAUUUACUCGAGAGCAAAUGGACAUGUAUUUCGACCGUAUAUGCAUGCCACAGUCCAAACGAGUGUACGACGUCAUCAACGUUCGGCCAUCUUACCUCUUCAAGAAGAUUGUGCAUCACGAAGGUGUAGGGGGCUAUUGCAUAGAAGUGAACUACCUAUUCCAUCUUAUCCUAUAUAAUCUAGGUUUCAGCGUAUACAUGGCUGGCUCUCGCAUCUUUCAUCCCGACACUAAAACUUAUGGGGGGUGGACGCACGUCGUCAAUAUUGUAACCAUUGGAACCUCCAAGUGUCUUCUAGAUGGCGGGAUGGGUCCCAAUGGGCCGCAUUGCGCCAUGCCCUUGCAAGAUGGGGAGGUUAUAGCGCAGAUUUCGCCGGCCCAGAUGCGUCUUGACUACGAAAGCAUAGGACAGCAUCUAGACAAGUCACAGAAGAUGUGGGUCUUCAGGCACCGCUACGACCAGGAUCUAGAGAUGGUGCCUGUGUAUUGCUUUACGGACCAAGAGUUUACACCCGAGGACGUCGAAAGCAUGAACUUUGAGCCGAUGCUCAAUCCGCAGACGAUCUUUGCGCAUAAGAUUCUCUGUGUGAGGUUCACCACGGACAGAGAGACCAAUGAGGGAAACGGGCCGGGUUCAGCCAGUGAAGAGUCGCUAGAGGGAGAGAUACACGGCUCUCUGUCACUAAAUCACGACAUCCUGAAGUGGCGGCGACAUGGCAAGAAAGAGACCGAGAUUACGUUGAAGAGUGAGGAAAGUAGACUUGAGAUACUCAAGAAAUACUUUGGCAUCACUUUCCUAGCAGAUGACACGGAACCCAUUCAUGGAACUGCGGCUCACAUUGAACUGGGUCCAGCGCAAGGCGCUCCAGCGUUCCAAGCCCCAGCCCUGUGCGCUGCAAUCAAGCCCACGAGGUGUGAUGGAUGACCAAAAGUCUUCCUCUUUCCAAAGAGUUUCGAGGCUACUGCCAGACCAAGCAGGUACUGAGCUUAGGCUUCGUUACUCCUAGUUUAGCGAUUAUCAGCUUGCUCCUAC